GGGGCGAGCCGGGGCUGGCGGCGAGGGGCGGCGGGGCCGCCGAUUCCCGUGCUCGGAGCGCCGCGGCCGCGCCUCCUCCUUCCCCCGCGCUGCCGAGGGGACGAGCCCCGCGCUGCCGAGGGGACGAGCCCCGCGCUGAGGGUCCCGGGCGGCGUCUCCCGCCCCCCCGAGCCCGGCCCGGCCCGGAGCGGCGGCUGCGGUUGCUGCGAGGCGCCUGAGGGGACGGAGCCAUGGCCAUAGCGGCCGUGCCCGAGCUGGAAACCCGGCUGUGUGGCAACUGCAAAAAGGACAUCCCUGCUGUCAACUUCAUCAUCCAUGAGAUCCACUGUAGCAGAAACAUCCAAGUGUGUCGCCGCUGCGGGGAACCGGUCCCCAGGUCUGAAAUGAACCACCACAUGGAGGCUGAACACGUGCAGGUUACCUGCAAGUGUAAGAUGAAGAUAGAAAACAGCCUCUUGAAGGAUCAUCAGGCGUUGGCGUGCCCCCUGCGCCCCGCCCCGUGCCCCUUCUGUGCCAUGGAGCUGCCCUUCAGCAAGCUCCAGGAGCACGAGGCGUUCUGCGGCGCUCGCACCGAGGCGUGUGGCGCCUGCGGCCGCAACGUCAUGCUCCGGGACCGAGAGGAGCAUCCCCGAGUCUGCGGGACGGAGGCGAAAGGGAGGAGGGGAGGCCAAAGGCCUGGCUCUGAGGAUGAGGAUGCACGCGUGCGCCUGGGACGCGGCCCAGCCCGGCUCGGAUCAGAGCAUCAGCUGGGGCUGUGGGAGAGAAAUGAAGCCCCUCAUUCUCUGCUCCAUGAAGAGUGGGACGCGGAUUUAGACUACGUGCUGGCUCUCAGCUUACAAACAGAGAAUCAUCCUCCCAAGGCUACUGCAGCUGAAGCUGCCAGUGGCUUCUGGGCCACCAAAGAGCCUGAGCUGUCAGCCUGUCUCAGCGACACAGACCAGGCAAAUAGCUUAUCCUGUGACUCCCCAGUGUCUUUUAGUAGGCCAAACCACAUCAAAAGUGAUGAGGUCACCAUGUUGCCAUGUGAAUUCUGUGAGGAGCUCUACCCUGCUGAUGAUCUGAUUCUCCACCAGACAGGUUGUAACCCAGCAAGUGCCUUUGCCUCGUUCAGUAAAAGAAGCUCCUCUGCACCUCCACGGGAGUGUGAUGACUGGCGUGCUCUCAGCUCCAAAAGCAGUAGGUCUCUCUCUUCAUCCCAGCCCCAAGCUGCCCAGGCAGAAGGAAAUGUAAAGAUUCCAUGUGAAUUCUGUGGCAUGCAGCUGGAAGAGGAGAUGCUCUUUCCUCAUCAGCAGCUCUGUGUGUGGCAGCCGCUGCCCGAGAGGAGACCAGCCCCAGGGCAGGCCCAGAGGCGCAGCAGCCGUGCAGGAGCUGCUUCUCGGGGCACAGAGGGCUUGGGGCAGCAGCAGCCGAGCUCUGCACGAGGGACCAGGUCACUGAGUGAUGCAGCUGCCACCUGGGACUCAGCCCCGUCCCCUCUGGUGAGAGGCAGCGCUGCCCCCACCCCCCCAGGGCAGCCCAGGAAGGGAGGGGGCAGCCAGGGCAGGGCCAAGAACAGAGCUGCAACAGGAUCUGCACGGGGGACAACAGCCCCUGGGAGACCUCCCCGGGACCUGCACUCAGGAACCCUCACCUCCAGCUGCUCAAGAGCUUCUCCAGCCCAGCCCAGCACCCACCCUGAAGGCAGAAGGGGCCGUGGGCUGGCAGCUGUCGCCCCCCAGCCCAGGAGCACUGAGGUGAAAGCCCAGAGCGCGGCCUCUAGACGUCCAGAGAAGUGAUGAGUGAGCCCUGGGUGCCACAGCACGUGUUGCUCUGAGCAAGCACCUCCCUCGUGGCUGCUCCAUGGAAGAUUUUACAUGAAUUAAAACUUUGAUAGGCGGUGAUCAUUUUAUAUCUCUCUAUAAAUGCAUUUUAAUGAGAGCAGGCUCCAGGGCUGUUGUGCCUGCCCCAGCCCCGGGCAGCACCCCUCCCCUGGGACCUGCUGUGCUUACCUGGCCUGAGCCCACACCCGCCUCCUGCCACGCUUCAGCAUGCUCUCAGAGCCCAGGCUUUUAGAACUCCUUGUAAUAAAGUUUAUCUGGUUCUGUCCCAAAA